AAAAAAAAGGGCAGCCCUCGACGUGUGACUAGGCCGCACUACGACGACGCCGACGACGACGAAGACGACAACGACGAUGGUUGCUGCUCGACGGUUGCCCAUGGCCAUGCCGUCGCUGCUCGCGCGACGUGCGAUGCCAUCAACUGCCAGGCUUGGACUGCAGCAGCAGCAGCAGCAGCAGCUUGGACUUCACACGACGGCCCGUUGGCUCGCGCGACCGCCGCCAGGCGAGCUGAACCGGCACAGCCGCAAGGUGACGCUGCCAAAGGACCAGGGCGCGUCGCAGGCCAUGCUCUACGCCACGCCCUCGAUCGAGACGGACGAGGACCUGACGAGGGCGAUGGUGGGCGUCGCCUCGGUCUGGUACGAGGGCAACCCCUGCAACGCCCACCUGCUCAAGGUUGGCCAGCGCAUCAAGCAGAGCGUGCACGACGCCGGUCUCACGGGCUACCAGUUUGGCACCGUGGGUGUCAGUGACGGCAUCUCGAUGGGCACCGAUGCGAUGUCCUACUCGCUGCCCUCGCGCGACCUGAUUGCCGACUCGGUCGAGAGCGCGGCCGGCGGACACUGGCUCGACGGCAUGGUCGUCGUCCCCGGCUGCGACAAGAACAUGCCGGGUGUGCUCAUCGCCCUGGGUCGCCUCAACCGGCCGGGUAUCAUGGUCUACGGCGGCACCAUCCGGCCAGGGUCCUGCGCGAGCAUCCCGGGCACGCUCGACAUUGUCAGCGCCUUCCAGAGCUACGGCCAGUACCUUGCCGAGGGAGGCACGCCCGACGCCGAAAAGAAGCGCUACGACACGAUCCGCAACGCCUGCCCCGGUGCAGGCGCAUGCGGCGGCAUGUACACGGCCAACACGAUUGCCUCGUGCGCAGAGGUGAUGGGCAUGACGCUGCCCGGCUCCUCGAGCUUCCCGGCCGAGUACCAGGAGAAGAUCGACGAGUGUGCGACGGUGGGCCCAGCGAUGCGCAACCUGCUCGAGCUGAACCUCAAGCCGCGCGACAUUAUGACAAAGGGCGCAUUUGAAGACGCCAUGGUGCUCACCAUGGUCCUGGGCGGCAGCACCAAUGCAGUUCUGCAUCUGCUUGCCAUUGCUCACAGCGUCGGCGUCGAGCUGACCAUCGACGACUUCCAGCGCGUGAGCGAUGCGACACCGUUCUUGGCCGAUCUCAAGCCGAGCGGCAAGUACGUGAUGGAGGAUGUGUACAAGAUCCUGGGCGGCAUUCCCACCGUGGUGCAGUACCUCAUCGAACGGGGCCUCAUCAAGGGCGAGCACCUCACCGUGACGGGCAAGACGCUGGCCGAGAACUGCGACCGAUGGACGCACGAGCGCGGCAAGCUGUCGGCCAACCAGGACGUGCUGCGACCGCUAGAGAAGCCGCUGAAGCCGACGGGUCACAUUCGCAUCCUCAAGGGCAACCUCGCGCCCGGUGGUGCCGUUGCCAAGAUUACGGGCAAGGAGGGCCUGCACUUUACGGGCAAGGCCCGCGUAUUUGACACCGAGGAUGCCAUGGUGGCCGCCGUCGAGCGGGGCGAGAUCAAAAAGGGAGAAAAGACGGUGAUUGUGCUGCGCUACAAGGGCCCCAAGGGCGGGCCGGGCAUGCCCGAGAUGCUCAAGCCGACGAGCCUCAUCAUGGGCGCCGGCCUGGGCAUGGACGUCGCCUGCCUCACCGACGGCCGUUUCAGCGGCGGCUCCCACGGCUUUGUCAUUGGCCACGUCGUGCCCGAGGCCCAGGUCGGUGGGCCCAUUGCCCUCGUGCGCGACGGCGACGUGAUUGCCAUUGACGCAGAGACCAACACCCUCGAGGUCGUCGGCGUCUCCGACGACGAGCUCGCCGAGCGACGCCGCCACUGGACGCCGCUGCCCGUCAAGCCAACGCAGGGCACCCUGCUCAAGUACGUGCGCGAUGUCAGCGAUGCCAGCAACGGCUGUGUGACGGACCUGUGAUUUCCCUCCUCCUUUCACCCUUGUACUCUGUCCUCUCUUCUUUCUCUUUCUCUCAUCUUUCUCUUUUCACUUUGGCAAUUUGAUAGAAAAGGCUGCAUUCACUGCUACCACCGUCACUGCUACUGCUGCUACUACUACUACUACUACUACUACUACUA